UUCUUCGGAUCUGCAAGUCCGAAUGUUCAGUACGCGGGUACAUUCUUGGGAGCUGUGGGUAUCUAUCCAACAAUAGCGAAUACUAUAUCCUGGGCCGCCAACAACGUCGAGGGCGUGUACAAGCGUGGCGUCACCCUUGGCUUUGUGAUAGGCUGGGGCAACAUCAAUGGCGUCGUUUCGUCGAACAUCUACCGCAGUAGGGAUAAGCCGCGCUAUUUCCUGGGACAUGGUGUAGUUCUGGCAUAUCUGACGCUGUGGCUGCUUGGCGGGAGUAUUGUGACCCGAUUUCUGCUUGCGUGGGAGAACAAGAAAAGGAGGCAGGGAGCAAGGGACCACUGGAUUGAGGGUAAGAGUGAAAAAGAGAUUGAGGAGAUGGGGGACCAGCGGCCGGAUUUCUUAUAUACUCUCUAAAAUGUAGAGUUGAGGCUUGGGUAGAAUAUUAGAACGGACUCUAGUCGCGUCACAAUAGACAUGGCACUAUCAGAACUUCUGAACGCUAGCUUGUUGAAGUAAGCUUUCAAAGUUCCGACUCAAACGCACUUGGUUGGUAGAUCCGUGGCUGGAUAAAGUGCAGAAAUAGUAUAUUCGACGGCGUGGUUACUCAUGGUAUCUGGGAG